UAGCUUUUUAGGAAAGAGGAAGCACUUACAAAGUGAUGAUCUCCAGGAGUUAGAGGAGGGAAAAGACCGUCUAACUCAAUCUUAAUUAGUAAGGAUCUCAGACAGAGAUUUUAGGGGAAUGUUCCUGCACUGGAUGGCAAACGAGCAGGGAGCUUUAGUUUGUGUUUCUCUGUAACACUGGGGACUGGCUGAUAAAACAUUUGUGAGAACAGAGAAGGAGGGGAAAGAACCAAAACAAGGGCAAAGAACAAUUUCAUCAAAGUAGACAUGAUCUCCUCCACAGUGUUGUUCUAUGGGAACUACGUGCUGUGCCAGUGUCUGGGACUGCUGUGUGUGGUGUUUGUCAGUUACUGGAACAUUGAGUGGCGUGGUGGCUUUGCCUGGGAUGCGUCCUUUCUGCAGUUCAACUGGCAUCCCGUGCUCAUGGUGACUGGCCUGGUAGUCCUGUAUGGGAACGCGGCUAUCCUAUACCGCAUCCCAUUUACCUGGAGUCAGAGGAAGCAGCACUGGAAGCUGGUGCACGCUGCUCUGCUGCUGUCCUCCCUGAUCCUGUCCAUCCUUGGGCUGUGUGCUGUGUUUGACUUCCACACAGGCUACCACAUCCCCAACCUGUAUUCCCUCCACAGCUGGGUGGGCAUCUGCACCGUAGUCCUGUUCACUGCCCAGUGGCUCCUUGGCCUGGUUGGUUUCCUGUCUCCCUGCUCUCCCCUCGGGUUCCGUAAGCUCCUGAAACCAGUUCACGCCUGGAUGGGCAUGGCCAUCUUUAUCCUCAGCCUGGCCUCCUGUCUCUCUGGCAUCAACGAAAAACUGCUCCUUGCUCUCAAUGGCAACAGCAACAGCACAGCAGCCUAUUCCUCACAUCCUGCAGAGGCCUUGUUUGCUAACUUCCUGGGUGUCCUAAUCGUGGCCUUUGGAUUGGUGGUCCUUGGAAUCCUGUCCAACCAGAGGUGGAGUAGGCUGGAGCCAGGGGAGGAGAGCUCUAGAUCAUUGCUUCCGGAGGACAACUGAAGAAGUAGAAGACCUUGGUGUUCUCUUCUUUCUCCCUGCCCUUUUCUAUUUUUGGAUAAUGGAUCAAUUGGAGACAAAGAACACUCUGAUGUUCCCUCCUGUGUCUCAGAACACCAGCUGUGGUAGUAGUUACACGUGACAUAAUGACAUGAUGACUGACAUGCAAUGUUUUUACUCUAUACCGCCUAUAGUAUACGGGAGACUAUGUGCAUUAAAGGCUUAUUGUGUGGUAAAAGCCCUAUAGAAAAGUUUGUAGUCAUUCACACAUCCUUAAAAACAUAGGUGUUGGGCUAAUAAAGAAUACUAGUACAGAACAAUAAUUCACCACUUUAUUGACAACCUUUUGAACCAAAACUAAUUUUUGUCAGGUAAAAAAAAAAAAACUGAGUGCUCACAUCCCAAAAUAUACACAUU